CCCUUCAUUUAAAACCCCAUUUUAGGCCAUAGUCACAAAACCCUUUCCUCUCUGUUCAGUGGCAUUCCUCCCGUCGUCGUCGUAGAUCUCUUCUUCUACUCUACUGAGAGUCUGAGGCCGAUAAUCACAGGGCUGGGUCAGUGGUGGUGUUGCCGAGAAAAUGCUGUCCCGAAUUGCAAAACUAAAGCCUCUAGGGUUGUCCAUGGUGUCCUCCUCCUCCUCUUGGAACCACCAAUUCCUCCAACGAUGCUCAGUCAGUGGUACCGCUAAGGGCAAAGGCAAAAUCAAAGCCGGCCAAACCUUAAAGCGAUUCAGAACCAAUACCAAAAAGGGCGCUACCGAAUCUAUAACCGCCGGAGGAUCCAAAAAGCCGUUCGAACGAGAAGACAGGCUCGAACACCUCUGCCUCAAUGCUCCCACUCCCGUCCGAUACCUGAACCCGAGAGAAAGAGCACGCGAAGCCAAGCGAGAGAAGUUGGGGCUUGUCAACAAGGACCGGCAGCGAGAGCUGGAUUUGAUGAAGAAGAAGGACUACAAGCAAAAGUUGGGUAUCCCGGAGACGCCGACUAUUAUUGGGACUCCUGGGUUGGAUCUGAUAUCGCUGGGACUGGUUGAUGCCGACAAGCUUCCCCAGUAUGAACUCACUGUGGAGGAUGGGCGGCGACUGGCCAAGGAGUACAGUAGGGUUCUUAUGAGGCGCCACCGGACCAGGCAGGCCGCCGAGUCCAACCUUUUGAGGUUGAAGAAGGAGGCAAUCGAGGCCCUACCGGAGGAUUUGAGAACCGCCGCUUUGGUACCGGACCUGACUCCUUUCCCCGCGAGUCGAUUCAUGGCUACUUUGACUCCGCCAAUUGAGGGUUACAUUGAUAAAGUCAAAGAAGCGGCCAAGAAGAGUAGCGGGAAGGAGAAGCUCAGAUGACACUCCCACACCCCAAGGUUUGGUUAUUAGUAGUGAUAGAUGAAUUGGGCGUAGUUUAAUGAUGGCCACCAAGAUCCGCGGGUUCAUAUCAUUUAAUGUAAUGAUAGCCUAUUCUUGAAUGGAAGUUCGCCAUUGACCUAUACGAUUUUUCUCCAUUGGAAGGAAUCAUCAGCAGCAACUGGCGUAAUAACCUAUAGGCCAGUGACCGGUCACUAGACAUAAGACAUGUUUGCUCAAGAUAAACAGUAAUGUCUAUCUUAGUAUGUUUGUUAGUGUUGUCAGAGCAGCUGAAGAUUAAGUAUAGCAUAAUUUAGAGGGAAAAGACAUCGGAGGUUUUCUCUUUGACAUCAAAUGAGCCAAUGUUGAUUCAAUCUGUAUUUCAAAUUGAAGUACGUAAAUACAACCUUAUUUAUUUAAUGACGGCUCGUGUUAGUUGUUA